CCCAUUCCCCAUCCACUGAUCCAUACAUACCAUUCGAGAUAAUCGAUGUCCUAUGUCUAUAUGUUUCUUCCUGAUUUUCCAUCCCACUCACUUGGAUCUUUUCUACUGACCGCAUGCUUGAAAUAGUCUAGUAAUAUAUUUUCCUUCCUGAAUUUCCAAUCCUUUGCAAAGUUUUGAACUCAAGAAAUUCGGCAUAUUCCGUUCCGGGUGGCAGUGGGGGGAGUUGCCCCAGAGGUGAUUGCACGGGUGACUUGAGGAUUGCAAGAUUCAAAUUUCUUUGAAAGGAAGGAAUUUACAGCCAAAAACAUUCAAAUCCAUCUAUAACUAUAUCUAUCUAGCGAAUCCUUAUCAGGUUCCACAAAAUAAUUCUCUCACAGAAUCGAAGCUUCUACUGGACGCGUGGCGUCGUUACGUCAAUGGACACCUCGCGAACUGGUAGUCCUGCGGCGACAGGAUUGCCCCGCCGGCACCUUAUAAAACGAGCAUGGACAGCCGGUCUCUUGCCAUUCGCAAUCCCAUCGCAGCACGAGCCAUCGCGCGACGCCAUGGAGACCUGGCUCCUCCUCGCCGCCGCCGUGCUGAUCCCCUUCCUCGCUCUGCUCCGGAGCGGCAUCAGCGGCCGCCGCUUGCCGCCCGGCCCGCCGGCCGUGCCGCUGCUCGGCAACCUGCUGUGGCUGCGCCACUCGGCUGCCGACGUCGAGCCGCUCCUCCUGCGGCUCUUCAGGCGGUACGGCCCCGUCGUCACGCUCCGGAUCGGCUCGCGCCUCACCAUCUUCGUGGCGGACCGCCGCCUCGCGCACGCCGCGCUCGUGGGCGCCGGCGCCGCGCUGGCCGACCGGCCCCGGGCCGCCGCGAGCUCGCUCCUCGGCGUCACCGACAACAUCGUCACCCGCGCCAACUACGGCGCCGUGUGGCGCCUCCUCCGCCGCAACCUCGUCGCCGAGACGCUGCACCCGUCGCGGGUCCGGCUGUUCGCGCCGGCGCGCGCGUGGGUGCGCCGCGUCCUCAUGGAGAAGCUGCGGGAGGCCGCCGGGGACGCGCCCGGCAGCGUCAUGGAGGCGUUCCAGUACACUAUGUUCUGCCUCCUCGUGCUCAUGUGCUUCGGCGAGCGGCUCGACGAGCCGGCGGUGCGCGCCAUCGAGGACGCCGAGCGCGCCUGGCUGCUCUACAUCUCGAGGAAGCUGAGCGUCUUCUUCUUCCUCCCGUCCGUCACCAAGCACCUCUUCCGCGGCCGCCUCCGGGACGCGCACGCGCUGCGCUGCCGCCAGACGGAGCUCUUCGUGCCGCUGAUCAACGCGCGGCGGGAGUACAAGAGGCAGGUCAGGGAAGGCCAGCCGCCGGCGAGGGAAACCACGUUCCACCACUCGUACGUGGACACCCUGCUCGACAUCACGCUACCGGAGGAGGGCAACCGCCCGCUCACCGACGACGAGAUCGUCGCUCUCUGCUCCGAGUUCCUCAACGCCGGGACCGACACCACGUCCACCGGGCUGCAGUGGAUCAUGGCCGAGCUGGUCAAGAACCCGGCCGUCCAGGAGAAGCUCUACGACGAGAUCAAGGUCACGUGCGGGGACGGCGAGGUCUCGGAGGAGGUCCUCCACAGCAUGCCGUACCUGAAGGCGGUGAUCCUCGAAGGCCUGCGUAAGCACCCGCCGGGGCACUUCGUGCUGCCGCACAAGGCGGCGGAGGACAUGGACGUCGGCGGGUACCUGAUCCCCAAGGGCGCGACGGUGAACUUCAUGGUGGCCGAGAUGGGCCGGGACGGGGAGGCGUGGGACAGGCCGAUGGAGUUCGUGCCGGAGCGGUUCCUGGAGGGCGGCGACGGCGUGGGCGUGGACAUGACCGGCACCAAGGGGAUCCGGAUGAUGCCGUUCGGCGUCGGCCGGAGGAUCUGCGCCGGGCUGAGCAUCGCCAUGCUGCACCUGGAGUACUUCGUGGCCAACAUGGUCAAGGAGUUCGAGUGGAAGGAGGUGCCCGGCGACGAGGUGGACUUCGCCGAGAAGCGCGAGUUCACCACCGUCAUGAAGAAGCCGCUCCGGCCCCGCCUUGUGACCAGGAAUUAAUUAAGCACAGGUUUUGGAUUAGCUUCAGUUGUGAGAUUUAUCAUUAGGUGAUUCAGAAGUCUAUAUAAACUAUAGUGUCGUGCCUGCAGCGUGUCCAUGUCUUACAUGGUAAUAAAAUCCUUGUUUUGAUGCAGUUUUUAAUGGUUUAUUUUACAAAGUUGUGUAUCAUCAUAUUAUCUACAUGUGUAAUUUUUUAGUAAAUUUAGAUGAAUUUUUUGCUGUAGUUUACACGAGUUUUCAUGAAGAUUGUGGUUUCC